AUGAAUCCCCACCAGCAGAACAAAGUGGACAUCAACUCGUUGAGCCCAGAGGAGCAGCGUCUGCUGCGCCUCUACGGCAAGAUGCCCACCAAGAAAGACGUCCUCCAGAACAAGCUCAAGGAACGCAAAUACUUCGAUUCGGGUGACUACGCCCUCAGCAAAGCCGGCAAAGCCUCCGACCUAGGCGUCACCAACAUCGGGUCACGCCACCCAGUGCCGGAGAACAUCCCGCACCUAAUCUCAACCUCACCAGGCCACAACAACUCUGUCAGCAAUGGAAGUGUCAGCUCCCAGGGCGGGCAGAUUCCCGGCAGCAUCAGCGGACACCCUGGCUCGGUCGGGUUCCAAAGCCGCAGCCCGAUCAAGGAGGGGGUAGCUACCUACACCGUGAGUGAGCAGGAGCUUAGUGUUAGCCCCCCUCCCGCGAGAGAGGGUGUUCCUAUCCGUCGAUAG